AUAUCUAUCUCGAUUAGUUUUAGAUGAUACAAACAACUAUUAGUUGAAUAAAACUAUUGUAUUAAUAUAGAUUUGGGAGUAGUUACAAAGUAACCACUCGAAGGUCCUCUGAGUAGUGCCCUGAUCAGAGAAUGUUAAUUGAAUAUUCACUAAACUUCUCUGGUUAUACUCCCACCAAUCAGCAUUUACGUUCUCCGUUCUAAAUUAAAUUCACGAAUGCUUAGUAGGAAGAUCGACAAAGAUGAGCUGCAAUAUCAAUAAUUACGUACAUAUUUUAUUUGCAUGUAGCACAUUUAUACAUACAUAUGUAGCGAAAAUAUAUAUGUAACAUGAAUAUAUUCAAAACCCAGCAUACAAAUUGUCAGGCGAGUGAACCAGAGUGUAUUAGUAUUUAUCUGUUCCUAGCAAAUAUGUGUGUGUGUAUCUAGCCGGUCAAAUAAAAAUGUGUAAUAUAUGCACAUAGUAUAUACUUAGGCAAAUGUGUGUCUAUGUACAUUCCAUAGUAAGGUGAUCUCUAGGUAAUCUAAAACUCUCGAAUGGUAUUUUUUAUUUUUAUUUUAUCCAAUGAUAAAAUGACACAUUUAGCUAAACAAAGCAGAUGUCCUAAACCCGAUAUUUUAGAAAGGAUCGCUGCUACGGCAAUAAACUUUAUGGAUUUUUAUCAUUUGUAGAUAUGUGACUUAGUUAUCACUUAAGUUACGCUGAAAAUGAUUUUCAUAAAAUAUUUAAAUAAUUAUCCACCCUAACAAUUUAUGGUUAACACAGUAACAACAAUAACAAUAAACGAUGUGAACACAGUUUGCGAUGCGAUUGCCGGUAUCAACAGCGAAGCAGAAGUAAAUAGAUGCGGAAUCAGCAGCGACAAUAACAACAAUGACGGUUUGUAGUAAGUCGGUAUCGAAAACAGCCGAUGCGAAUCAGUUGUAGCAGUUCAAACAGUUAAAUCAGUUGAAGUCUAGCAACGAACGGUAAAGGUAUAGGUGUUCUGUGGCAUUCCUUCAAAGCGCUGAACUAAAAUUAGUGUCGUAAAAGUUUGACUGCGGCUACACAAAGAAAAUUUUAACCAUGCUGAUUAUGAUCAAAUAAAUGGAAAAAAUAUGUUAAUAAAUAAGUAAGAAAUAGUAACAUCAAAGACAGCCAGCCAUUAAAAGUUGAUACAACUUGAGUGAAUCUUGAAUAAAAUCAAAGUAAAACAAAACGAGAAACAGAAAAAAAUUGUAUAUACAAUAUAUAUAUAUGUGUAUGUAGAGGAUGACAUAUGUAUGUACGUAUAUAUGUAUGUAUAUCGGUAUGUGUUCGAUCAAAUUAGUGUUUCUGUGCUGUGCCAAUCUCUCCUCAACUAAAUAAGUUCCUGUGGCCUUAUUCAAUAAAUAGACUCAUCAAGAAUUUUAUUAAACACAAAAUUAAAACGCUUUAAAACGUAACAAGUGUAAAAGUGAGUGUAUUUGUGUAUGAAAUAAUUUAAAGAAAUUCAUAAAAUAUAAAUAGAAGCAGCAAAACCAGUGUAUCAAAAAUUAAUAAUACAAUAAGUGAAAAAGCACAUGUGAAAAAAGAAAAUCUAAAAACUUAAAUCAAUAAAGAAAAUCAGCCGCUACGUACUAUAUAUUAUAUUUAGCUUAUCAGCACAUCAAAACAAAAAAAAGAACACUAAAACCCGAAAAACGUGCAUUCGCAGAGCGAACAAAAUUAAAAAUAAAAAAAAAUAAAACGAAAACAUCGAAGUGUCAUAAACAUCACUAUUUUUACAAAUAUAUAUAUGUACAUACAUAUGUAUGUACAUACAAACAUUUAUAAAUAUAUCAAGCCAAAACAUAUGUAUACCAAUAGUUUGGUGCAGCGUUUUAAUUCCUCUUCGUCACGUACAGUAGUACCCAGUCGAUAAAAACUCUGAUUGCAGAGUGCUGUGAAAGAGUAAUUUUGAAUAUAUCGGAGAAAAAAAAAACUUUUGAAAGAAGCAAUUCAAAUUCUGCGCAAAUAACCGUUGGAAAUCAACAGUUGACUAAAUAUAUAUAUUUAACGGUUAGCUUUCCGUAUUGUGAGCAAAAUCUUAUUCCUCGGCAACUAACGUUGGGUGCCCACAGGAAACUUGCAGUCAUAUAUUUGACAUUUUCUGUACAAUUUGACAAUUUGUCGCAGCAAACGCCGCGCUUCCAUCCAUCACGUUGUUGCAUAUACAAAUGAGUAGCAAAAACAAAAACAAAACCAUUACAGUUAAGACAUUACCACAAUACAAAGAACAACUGCAGCAAUUACAACAACGCAUCGAAGAGUUGAGCUUCAUCAAUAUACGUCGUGCAAUCUUCACCUUCAAACGCCUCAAUCACAACCCAGACAGCAACAGCCGCGGUGGCAUUACAAUAGGCAUAAGACGGAAAAACUUAACAAGCUUCAUAAACGCAACAACUGCAGCGAUAGCAACAUUGUAUGACAGUAAACGGUGCCAACAACACUAACUAAACCAGAAACACCAGCAAAACAGCUGAGUUAAAAGAGUUAACACUUCGAACAGAGCCGAGCGAAACAACCGGCAGUAGCUAAAUUGCAGUUGACAGCUGCAGCAGAGCAAAGCAAAGAGAAAUCGGUCCAACAGUGCAACAGGGUAGCGGAGCAAGGUGAUUGAAAACAAACUAGUUUGACGAUUUGCAAAUCAGCGACGCGUAGUGACGAUUGUUACCAAAUUCUCAACUAACUUAGAAGAGGAGGAGGGGAAGAUCAGAUGAAAGACGGUGAAAAAGUGCCAAAGAAAAGAAUUCAAACAAGGUGAAGGUGGGAAAAUCUGUAAAAAAAUAUAAUUGAAUACAAAAAGAAUGUGCAAAAAGAGGAUAUAAUUCAACAGCUAGAAAAAGAGAUAAAUGUGCAACGAAACUCCGUUUCUACUAGUUUACCGUAGCGAGCCCAACCGUGUAAGGUAAAUAAGCUAUUGUAACGGUUGAUUGCAAUCGAACGAGCAUACAUAACUACAAUAAAAGUGGGCAAAUAGAGCAACACGUGUGAUACGAAUUGCUUGUGAUCGGGCAGGCCAGUUCGUAAAUCACAACGAAGUUAAAAAUACAAAUUCAUCAAUAAUCUGUCAAAGAUAAUAAUUAAUAAAAAAUAAUAAAUAAUUAAUAAAAAAUAAUUCAUGCAAAAGCAUAAAAGUCGCGCCCUAUUUGACUCUAAUAGCGAAGUUACGGUCCCUCGUUGCAACAGCAUUUCAAGUCUACAGCAAAGGCAACUAAACUAAGGUUACAGAAUAAGCCAAAGUUGAACAAGCGGCUAAAUCUAAUUGCGCGUGAACACAGAAAUAAUAAACAAACAAAAAGUUUAUAUAUCCAAAAAAGAAUUCUCCAAACCCACUCUUUCGUGACAACACGCUACAGCAGCGUGCGCAACAUAGUACAACAAGGUUCGUCCGACCUGGCCUUCGUUACGGCGUGCAGCUGUUCAGAUCAGCAGUUUAAGAGUUGCUCCACCUGAACCUGAUUCGCCGCCAUUCGUAGCAAGUUGUUGUGUAUGUUGAAUUUGUGCGUGUGAAGAUUGACUGCUGACUGCAAUACAAUCGCACGUGUCUCCAUUAAAGCCUUUGUUUUGAUAACUGAACGAUCUCGUUUGCCACUUCGCACCUUCUCAAUGUUCGAGUUCUGUGCAGAUAUGGGACAAAUUGGCCAAGAUUGUUCUAAUCAAGAUUACAAUAUGGAAGAUCUGGAGUUGGAUCAGGUCACGCAGGUGAUUAAUUAUCAUCCGCGUUUCCUCGAUCAUUUUCUACGAACACAAAACUUCAUUAUGGAUGGCGAUGGGCCACUGCCAUAUGACUACCGUUACUAUCUGGCCAUAAUUGCUGCAGCUCGGCAUCAAUGCCCGUAUCUUGUGAAAAUGUAUGAGAAGAAGUUCAUCAGUCAGGGCGGCAAGGCCGAGUGGCUUAAUGGCUUAGAACAUAUCCCAUCAAAAUUACGUGCCAUAUAUGACAUAAACAAAAUACUAGCCCAUCGACCGUGGCUCCUGCGCAAAGAACACAUUGAGGGUCUCACGAAAGGUAAAAACAGCUGGUCGCUGUCUGAAGUGGUGCAUGCCAUGGUUCUGCUCUCGCAUUUUCAUUCGCUAUCCUCCUUUGUAUUCUCCUGCGGUCUCACACAAAAACUAGAUGGCCUGUCUAGUCCAAAAUUGAAGACUGCUCCGGCACUAUUGCCCGCCACGCAGCAGCAAUUGUCGACGAACCAACCGCUGCCACCGUUGCAACAACAAAUACCACAACAACAAAAGGCUGUCCUAAGUGAGAUAACAAUGAACAACAACAACAACGUUCUAGACCAUAGUAAUCAUCAGUUGUACAAUAAUAAUGUGCAAAAUAUUGGCGGCAGCGCAUCUAUGCCGACUGACAUCUCCAUAUAUGGCGCCAACAGCAAUGGCGUCGCUAAACAUACUCCUUCCGGCUCGCCCCAACCGAAUGUCCCGGUGGAGGCGCUGGUUGAACGCAUGAAAGUGCUCUCACAAAAACAUGACGAGUGUAGCGAAGCAGAACUGAGUAACCGUUUUAAAAGUGUUGAGAUGCAAACCGCCGAACUGCCUGCUGCUGUCCCCGAAGCCCCCAUCGAAGUACCACCUAUCAUUUCACACUAUAUCGAGGAUCCCACCUUCACCUAUCAGGAUUUUGCGCGUCGUGGUGCCGAAAAUAUACCCUCCACCUUUCGUGUUCAAGACUACUCGUGGGACGAUCACGGCUACUCGUUGGUAAAUGGUCUGUACAGCGAUGUAGGUACUCUUUUGGAUCAAAAAUUUCGUGCCGCCUAUAAUCUGACGUACUUCACCAUGGGUGGCUACCGCAAUGUGGACACAUCGAAAUUCCGUCGGGCCAUAUGGAAUUACAUUCAGUGCAUAUACGGCAUACGCCAUGACGAUUACGAUUAUGGUGAAGUGAAUCAGUUAUUGGACCGUCCUUUGAAAAUGUUCAUAAAAACAGCCUGCUGCUUCCCAGAAAGGAUUACCACAAAGGACUAUGACAGUAUACUCGUCGAACUGCAAGACAGUGAAAAGGUCCAUGUAAAUCUGAUGAUAAUGGAGGCCCGCAACCAGGCCGAACUGCUUUACGCGUUGCGUGAAAUAAUGCGCUACAUGACAUGAUCUCAUUGUGAUUAAGCAUACAAACACAUAUGUACACACAUUCAUAGAGAGAGGAAAAUAAACAUAUGUAUUUCGUACGAUUAAAUAUAUAAAUAUACACAUACGCAUACAUAAAUAUAUACAUAUACAUGGAAAUUUUAUAUGCAGUAAACACAAAGAAUGCACUAAUACUAUAUAAAGGAAAACGAAUGUUUAACCAAAAAUUAAGCCAAUUAAAUUUCGGUAAAUAUAUGUGAGAAAAGGGAACACCAACACAAUUAGUCUGUGGUCAAGAUUAAAAUGUAAACACGUCACUGCGUCACUGCGACGAAAAUAAUGAAAAACGUUUAGCCCUUUGAAACACCCAUACAUAUGCAAAUAUAAACAUAUGCCCACAUAGAUACACUUACAAAUAAGAAGCAAUUAGUUUAAGGCGAACUACAUAGAAAGAAAUCAUAAAAUUACCCAAAAGAUUUUUAGAGUAAAAACAAAAUAAAGGACUGUCAUUAUCAACGUAAAAAUCAUUAUUUAGAUAUAGAGAAUAUAUUUUAAAAAUUUUUGAAAGGUAUACAACAAUUAAAAAAUUCGUAACUGUGUUUUGUAAGAAGAAAGUGGAGAAAUUGUUAUUUUAGUAAUAUUUUACAAUGACGUAUUCUGUGAAUUAAAUUUUAAUUGAUAUAAAAAUCAGACGUAGCGAAAAAAUGAAACGUUGAUUUGUAUCUUUGUAUGCGUAAGAAUGUUCCAAUUGGUAAACAAAGAAUAUUGUAAUGCCUAAUUGUGUUGUUAAUAGUUUUUUAUACUUAUGAUAAAUAUACGAUUAUUAAAGAAAACCCAUUUGCAUAAUAUAUGUACAUACAUUAUUGUUAUGAUCAAGCUGACGAUGCUUAUGACCAUAAGCAUGGCACGGCUGAUGCCGUAUUCAUUUCCUUUUGUAAAGUUUAUAAAGUUACUUGUUAUUUUUUAAAAAGAAAAUUAAAAAAGCAUAAGUGAUUUUAACAAAU